AACGACAAUUCGCGAAUAACGAACGACCCAUGCCCAGAGCAAAGUCCCAUCCAACUGUAAUACAUAAUAAUGAGACUUCGGGUAUAACGACACUUUGUGAAUAACGACACUUUUCUGAUGCCCCACCCAGUGUCGUUACAAGCGAAGUUGACUAUAAAGGAUACGUCUGUCUCACCAAUCCGCGCAAAGGACCCGCAUGCGCAGCUCUCACACAAAGCGAAGCAAAAACUUGGAAUGUAGUGCGGGGUUGAUUGUUCACCUUCACGGCUAUACGACUCCCUGGUCUGUACAAGGUACCGACAAUGGCUGCGCACACAAAGGUCGAGUAGAUUCGCUUGUCCGCUUCGGCGUUCUUAGCUGAAAGGGUUUGAUCUGUGACUGGGAGUACCGAGUAUCACUGUCCAUCGGCGUCAUGACGUGUGUCCCACCUCGCUUCGCAGUUUCGUGGCCAGUGCAUCCCAGUAUUAUCAUGUCGAGACGCCUCGCUGCGCAUCAAACUCGGUGUAUUUCAGGAAGCACAACCUGGUCAAGACCACCCCAAGCAGUAGCCCAAGUCCGCCGCCGUGAUGGCGAUGUUAGAGUGUCUGAGGUACCGUUUGACGGCCUACCCAGGGUAGUCACGUCCAUCCCUGGUCCGAAGUCUCAGGAGAGCAUCAACAAGCUUGGAAAACUACUGGAUGUCAGCUCAGUUCCGUUCUUUGUUGACUUGAAAGAAUCUUUCGGUAACUAUGUUGUGGACGCUGACGGCAAUCGUUUCCUGGAUCUUUUCUGUCAAAUCUCCUCACUUCCCAUCGGCUAUAACCAUCCGGAUUUGAUUGCCGCUGCAAGCAGUCAAGAGGCAGUGUUGAAUCUUGCCAAUCGCACAGCCCUCAGUCGCCACCCUCCAGUGGGCUAUGCUGACCAGGUGCAGGACACACUGAUGUCGGUUGCACCGCAAGGCAUGGAACACGUGUCGCCAAUGAUGUGUGGAUCCUGCGCUGUGGAGAAUGCACUCAAGUGUGUGUUCAUGUGGUACAAGGCUAAGGAGCGUGGUGACUCAGCCUUCACGAUGGAAGAGGAGGUAUCCUGCAUGCAAAACCUACCCCCGGGUGCCACUGACGCGUGCAUCUUGUCGUUUGAGAGUGGAUUUCACGGACGCACUAUGGGUGCUCUCUCUGCAUCACGUUCCAAAGCUAUACACAAAGUGGACAUACCAGCGUUCCACUGGCCCGUUGCUCCGUUCCCGAAACUGGAAUAUCCCCUCGACAAGUUUGUGAAAGAGAAUCGCGCGGAAGAGCAACGGUGCUUGAAAGAGUUGAGGAGAAUUGUUGCAGAAUGGCAUGAGAGGGGUCAUCCAGUGGCUGGCAUCAUAACAGAGCCUAUACAGGCUGAGGGUGGAGACAAUCAUGCCUCUGCGGAAUUCUUCAGAGAAGUGCGCAAGAUAGCCAAGGAGAGUGGAGCAGCGUUCAUUGUAGACGAAGUUCAGACUGGUGUGGGAACUACCGGCGCUAUGUGGGCACAUGAGAGAUGGGAUCUGGACGAUGCUCCAGACUUUAUGACGUUUGCCAAGAAGAUGCAAGUCGCCGGCUACUAUCUGCGGAGCGAGUUCAAACCAGCCAUUGGAAGUCGUGUUCUGAACACGUGGUUCGGUGACGUGGCGCGCAUGGUCAUUGCCAGGGAAAUGCUUCACGUUGUCAAGCGUGACGGCCUUGUAGAGAAGGCUAGAGAAACGGGUGAUGUACUGAUGGCAGGCCUCCAGGAACUACAGAUGAGGUUCCCCUCGCUGGUGAGCCGAGCACGUGGUGCAGGCACUUUCUGCGCCAUUGACUGUGUCAGUGCCGAUGUGCAGAAGAAGUUCAUUUCAGAGCUGUGGAAGCUUGGAGUACAUACUGGUGGUUGUGGAGACGCCACCAUCCGCUUCCGGCCAUCUCUGCUCCUGACACCGCAGCAUGUCGAGCUAGCACUGCCGCGUAUGUAUGAAGCACUGGCCAAGAUCAACUAGUUAUCAGGUCCGGCGGAACCGGUCCGGUUGGUCAGGCUCUGGCUGGACCAACGGUUUGGUCACCGAGAUGUGAAGUGGUCAUGUGCACCCGCCAUAUCAUGCAAGAGUGCGUGAAGGGCCAUGUAUGGCCAGGCCAAUCCCAAACUGUUUCCGCCGGCACUGAGUUCUGAUCCUGGGUUUGUGUACUUACUAUACGUAGCAGGCACGUUGCAUGUGUCCUACGUGGCAUGGUCACGGACUUCACAUUAACAGAUGACGCUGAAGCACUUCUGCAUUUCACAUUUAGAGCUGUGUUGUGCAGCAAUUAGGAAAUUCACUCUACAAUUAGCUAGGUAUGUGCAAGCUGUUAUAGGAUAGAUCCAUGGUUUUCUCAUGCAGAAAAUAAUGUACUUUGAAUAUGUGCCAUCUCUGGUUGCAGCCAGUUGCCUCUUCGAACUCUCUCCUUCACGGAGCGCUAAUCACUGCCAACUACCAUUAUAAUAAUUAUAUUUUUUUCAAAAUUUGGAGACUCAA